CUCCGCUUUUUUUUUUAAGUGAGUAAAUGUGGCGAUCUUGGGUAGAAAAGAUAAACACAAUAAAUAAGCCAAAUGAAGAAUUUCAGUUAACAAAAGAGGAGCUUUUAAAGCAACAGCAACAGCAAACUCUUCUUCGUGACAAUUGGCAAAGAUGUACAGAUUUAUUGUCUUCCGAACAAGUAAGCUCUAAUAUGAAAUGGAUACACUUAAUAUUUAAAUUAAAUAAAUAAAAAGGAACGCUCGGAGACAUUCUUGUUAGAUUUUCUUCCGUUGAUUUGCAAAACACAUGAACAAUUUGGUGCCAAAUUUACAUUCGAGUCUAUUCCAGAUGAAAAAGCGUUUAUGAGUGUUUUGACCAAAGAACUUAUUAACAAUAUACGCAAGGUACCAGAAAAUAAAAAUAAAUCAGAGUCUAGUCAAGCAUUGAUGAAUAAUUUAAGAUCAAAAUCACACUUAUAUAAUGUGAUACAAACGAUUCGAGUAGUAACAUUUGGGCCUGAUACUAUAGUGAAUUUAAUGUUACAGCAAAGAAUUCCUUCAAUUAUUAUCAAAUUAUUUCGAUCAUUUAUAGACUUGAAUUCAUCAUAUUAUAAAGAAGAGUAUGAAGCUGAGUUGGCUAGUAUAGAUGAUACAGUAGAAAUUAUAACAGAUAUCUUGAAGCAGUUUGUGCAAAAUCAGACUGUUCUACAUAGAUUAAUAAUAGAGGAUACACUAUUUAUGAUUAUGCGCAUUAUGACCGCAAAGCCUAUCAUUCAACAAGAUAAUGAUAAUACCUAUAUAUACUGGAAAAAGAGAAUUACUGAGGUUUUGAAAGUAAUCGAUAUGAACAGUGAAGUAUGCCAAUAUAUUCAUCAUCGACGUUGUUGUAUAGAUUUAUUGAUUCGAUCAUGGAGAGAGAAAUUAUCCAAAGGCUAUUUGACAAGUGUAGAUCACCAAGAUAUUUUAAUGGAUUUUGAUGUUAUUUAUUACCAACUUUACAAAUCAGCUAAAAUUCAAUUUUUUGGACUAUUUGAAGAAAUGAUACAUGCUUCAGGUUAUGAAGUUUUAUGCAAAAUUUUAAAAACAGGUCCAUUUAAUGAAUCUAUAACACAUGAAAAGAUAGAUAUUAUGAAUAAAAUAGCUAGUCUCAGUUUCGUAGGAAAAAUUAGUCCAAUACCUUCAAUAUCUGAUGGACUCCCUUACCAGCAUGAAGAUUUUUCUACACCACAACCACAAGGACAUACAGGUAACGCUCAACACGAAAUAAAUAACCUGAAACUGUAAUUAUAUUAAAAGUUUUGUUGAUAGAAAAAAUUGUAAAAAAUUUACAUGCAUUUCAAUGCUUACAAGCCUCAUUUUUAUACCCUCUCAAUACUUCGUCUGUUCCCAAUCGACAUGAAU